AGGUGGAAUAUCAUAUUGGGUUUUUCCCUCCUAGAUGAUGACAAUUCUGAAGAAGGCCUUCACACCAUUUAUUCAGGAAGGCAUGAAUAUGCAUUCAGCUUUGAACUUCCACAGAUACCACUUGCUACCUCAUUCGAAGGCAGACAUGGCAGUGUGCGCUAUUGGGUGAAAGCUGAAUUGCAUAGGCCUUGGCUUCUACCAGUAAAAUUAAAGAAGGAAUUUACAGUCUUUGAACAUAUAGAUAUCAACACUCCUUCAUUACUGUCACCCCAAGCAGGCACAAAAGAAAAGACUUUGUGUUGUUGGCUUUGUACCUCAGGCCCAAUAUCCUUAAGUGCCAAAAUUGAAAGGAAGGGCUACACCCCAGGUGAAUCAAUUCAGAUCUUUGCUGAGAUUGAGAAUUGCUCUUCUCGUAUGGUGGUGCCAAAGGCAACCAUUUAUCAAACACAGGCAUUCUAUGCCAAAGGGAAAAUGAAGGAAGUCAAACAGCUUGUUGCCAACCUCCGUGGGGAAUCCUUGUCAUCUGGCAAAACAGAAACCUGGAAUGGCAAACAGUUGAAAAUUCCACCUGUUUCCCCUUCAAUCCUUGACUGUAGUAUAAUCCGUGUGGAGUAUUCACUGAUGGUAUAUGUUGAUAUUCCAGGAGCCAUGGAUUUAUUCCUUAACUUACCACUGGUCAUUGGUACCAUUCCUCUACAUCCAUUUGGUAGCAGAACAUCAAGUGUGAGCAGCCAGGGUAGCAUGAACAUGAAUUGGCUUGGUCUGAUGCUGCAUGAAAGACCAGAAGGUAACUUGACAAUACAAAUCCCAAUAACUUUUGCUAGUCUGUUUUGA